AGCAAUAUCUAUAAAUAUAAGUUGCGAUUUAAUGCAACGGGUUAUUUGACUGAUGUAACAGUACCAGUAGAGGCUUAAGAAAAUGUUGGAGCUCAAUAAAAGGACACACAAAGUGCUGACGUAUGUGCUGGUGGCCUUGGUGCUGCUGCAAGUGCUGUUCAAGCCCACCGAAGCGGCGACAAAGUGUCACAAAUGCACCGGGAUUAAUUGUCAACGCACGACUUACGCAGCCACGGAGGAUUGCACAGACGCGCUGGACAGUUGUGUCACCGUUUUUCAAGAAUCUAUGGUCCUAGCACAAGGCUGCCUUGGUCAAUUAGCCGUAGAGUUACGUAACAAAUGUGAAAUGCCAAGCACUGAGCAGACCGAUGGAGCCGAAAUGACCGAUGUUGAUGCCACCGUACCCGCUGUUAAUAGAAACUGUCAUCAGUGUAGUGAGGAUUUGUGUAAUAAUCUUAGCGCUGAGGGUACCGACUGCUUACAGUGUGAUUCAAAUGAGGAAGCCAAAUGUGCGAGUGAUACUGAAAGUCUGCAACCACAAAGAUGUCCUAUUUCAAAGGCCGUAAAUACGUAUUGUUAUGCCAAAAUUGAGGCAAGCCGUGCAACACGUGGUUGUGCCACAGAUUUGGCGCAGCAAAAAGAAUGUCUGAGCAAUAAUGGUUGUAGUCUCUGCUCACCUAGCGAUAUUAAUGGCUGCAAUCGUGAUCCUAAGGUAGCAACAAAUGAUACAACUUCGAGUACAGGUGGUUCCAGCGGUGGCUCAGAUAGUGGAACAAGUUCUGGUACGGGAAAUGGAGGUUCGAGUUCUGGAGCUGGCAAUGGCGGCUCAGAUAGUGGAGCAGGUUCAGGCUCAGGUACAGGUGGCGGUGGCUCCAGCUCUGGAAGUUCAGGUACUAGUAAUGGCGGUUCGAGUUCCGGUGGCUCCAGUUCAGGUACAAGUGGUGGUGACUCAAACUCUGGAAGCUCAGGUACUGGUGGUAGCGGUUCGAGCUCUGGUGGUUCCAGCGGUGGCUCACAUAGUGGAACAAGUUCUGGUACGGGAGAUGGAGGUUCGAGUUCUGGAAGUGGCAGUAGUGGCUCGGGUUCCGAUGCAGGCACAGAUGGCAGUGACUCGAGCUCUGGAAGUGGUUCAGGUUCUGGGUCAGACAGUGAAAAUAGUGGUGCCUCCGGUGUAUCAAAUAAGUUAUUUGUCGCACUGAUUUUCAUGGCAUUACCAAAAUUUAUAUAAUUUAAACAAGAAAAGUAUUUAAAUUAAUGUCGUAAUAAGAUAUAUGACUAUAAUGGUUGUAAAAAAUGUUCUUUUAACUUUAUGAGAAGCGUUUUCCUAACAAGGAAGCUUAAUCGAAGAGAA